AUGUCAGAAAUGAGUCGACAUGCUGUUGAUUUAUCAGUUGCUGCAGAACGAUUCAAGCUUAUAAAUUUAGAUUCUGACACAGAUUCUUUCCUACCAUUUCGUGGUUUACACACAUUAAUUCAACGAAAUUAUGAAAAUCAAAGAAAGGAACAUGUCGAACUCGUACGUGAGAAGCAACAAAUGAGGGAACAAAACGCCACAGAAGAAGAAUUGGAGUCAUUGGAGCCAGCACUGAAAGAUGCUGAAUUUUGGCUGCAAAUAUUCAAAAAACUGGAAGAUACUUUUGAAGAAGAAAACAAAAAGUUACUAUUGGCCAAUGAAAUACUAAGAAUUGUUCGCAAAACUCGUAUGGCUGAUCUCUUCCGUUACGAUCAACUUGUAAAAUGGUUACAGAUUCCUGUAAUACGUGAAGCAUUUCGCAAGGGAGCUGAUGAAAGCAUGGCUUGGGACACGUGGGAAAUAUCGCUCUUGGAUAAACUUGGUGAUAUUUUUAGUCUAAAACCAGGUUUAGGCAAUUAUCAGGAAGUUUGGAAGAGUGCUUUAAUUUCUUUGCGCAAAAUUAACUUGAGAGUAUUGUACGGUGAUACAGAAGCUGAAGUACCGUUUUCUUGGCAGCGUAACGUUGCAUUACAAACUAAACUUAUAGCUGUGCAAGAAAAACCCACCGAACUGGCUAUAGAUGAUGCGACGCAAGCAACACAGAAACCAUUUUGGAGUAAGUUAUUCUUUCGACCUCACUUGCCUUCUGUUGGUGUUGGAAUAUUGCUGGCGUUGUCAACACAAUUUAUCAUCCUUUAUAUUACUCCUUAUUGA